AUGGCUGCAAAUUCCGGUAUGAUUGCGGAUAUCAACCUCCUGUCUAAAUUUCUCAGCGACAAUCAAAUACAAGAUCUCUCCACCGCAUCCCCAGUCGAUUGCAUUGUCAUAUGCGCCUCAGCCGUUCUCCACAGUGCCGAGGUCCUCUUUGAGACUCUUCAGCAAAGACCAUAUCUUACCAGGGCUCUCGUACUGUGCGGCGGUAUCGGGCACUCGACCAAACUCCUUUACGAUGCAGUGAAAUCCCAUCCAGUGUUUUCGCAGAUCGCCGAUGAGAUCCAGGGUCUCCCUGAAGCCAAGGUUCUCGAACGAAUACUAGAUGAGUUUUUCGAUCGAUCUCUCAUCACCAAGCAGGGGUGCCAAAUUCUUCUUGAGCCUCAAUCCACCAACUGCGGGCAGAAUGCUUCAUUCUCUCGCAAGGUCCUCGAUGAAGCGGGCUUUCAGGCACCAACCACUUGCAUUGUCAUUCAAGACCCCACCAUGAUGCUCAGGACCAGGGCUUCGUUUGAGAAGGCCUACGAGGGUGUCCAACCCCCGGUCUCGCUUGUCAGCUGCCCGGUAUUUGUGCCGCAGAUGAAAUUGUCCCAUAACGGAGUACUUGAGUAUUCAGACUUAUCGCCGCCGUCAGAGUUGUGGUCACAAAGUCGGUUUCUGGAGCUGAUCAUGGGCGAGGUACCGAGGCUGAGGGAUGAUAAAGAUGGCUAUGGUCCUAGAGGAUAUGGUUUUAUUGCUCAUGUGGAUAUUCCAAGCCAUAUUGAGGCAGCUUGGUCUCGACUGCAAAUGGUGGCCAAGAGCUCUAGAUAG